UCAACAAAUUGAGAUGCUUGCCAUCUGUUAUUUACCUCAAGACUGCAACAGUGAUAACAAAUAUUCUACAAUGUAUCGAAUAUUUAAUAAAACAGGGCAAUCGCGGGUGUCUCUUCUUGAUCGUCCAUUAUUUUUGAUAGUGACCGUUGGAUUUAUUUGGUCUUUAAUUUCAAUAAAUGAUGCGUCUGUUAUCGAUACUGCACGAAACAAUGUGAUGUCAAAUAACUGCACAAGUGUCGCAUGUUCUGUAGAACGUUCAGAAACCGCCGCACGAAUUAUAAGAUACCGAGAUGAUACUAUAAAUCCUUGUGAUAAUUUUUACCGAUUUGCUUGCGGGAAUUACAAAAAAACAGAUAAGUCUAAUGAUUAUGAUCAUCUUAUAUCACAAAAAAAUGAUCAUCUUGAAAAGCAGAUCAAAAAAGGAAUCUCUUCUAACUUCAAGCCCUACAAACUUAUCGAUGAUAUUUACAAAACAUGCAUGAACAAAGAGGCUAGGGGACAACAAAGUUUAGAUCUUAUGAAGAGAAUCAUUAAGACUUUAGGAAAUUGGCCGAUUUUGGAGGGCGACAAUUGGAAGGAAUCUGAAUUCGAUUGGAUUGAUUUUACUAGUAAUGCCAAAAAAGCCGGUUAUACUAUAAAUUAUUUCUUAGAUUGGCAGUCUUUAUUCACGUUUCGUAAUAAUAAAUUUGGCUUAAGAUAUUCUGUCAGCAUGGCUAAAGACUAUUUUGAUAUUUCAAUGGGAGCAAAAACUAUACAGAAAAAAGAAAUGUACGCCGACUAUAUGCUUGAAAUAGCACGAUCUCUUGGUACAAAUAAUGGAGAUGUCAUACAACAAUUAAAGGAAGCGUUUGAAUUUGAGGAUAAACUACAUGAGAUUAUUUCGGGAGAUUUUUCAUCUGAUAUAAAUGACAACAUGACUAGUGUCGAUAUUAAUAUUGAAGGGUUACAAAAGCAAUGGCCGAGUAUCGAUUGGAAUAGAUUUAUUGAUAAAACCCUAAUUCCUUUUGUGGACAAAAAUGAAGAGCCCAUUUUAACUGUAAAUAGUUCUAAAAUUUUAACAGAGUUUACAAAGCUCAUGGAAAAAACUCCAAAACGUGUGCAAGCAAAUUACGCCAUCUGGAAAAUAGUUCAAUACUCAGUUCCUUAUUUGACUGAGGAGUUCACGGCAACGCGAAAAAGGUUCCAGAACCUGGUAGGUUAUGUUGGCAUCCCAACUGAUGAUGAUUGUAUGAAAACAGUUAAGUCGUAUACAAGAUUUGCUAUUGUUCAUUAUUAUUUGGAUCAACAUAAAAGUAGUCGAGAGACUAUUAAACAAAUGAUAAUGGCUUUUAGCGAUCUAAUUAUUAGAAUGAUAAACGAAUCUGAAAUAUGGAGUCCAGAAGCUAAAAAUCAAGGAAUUGAAAUUAUUAAAAAAAUGCCAUUCACUAUAGGGCAAUCAGAAAAAUUAUCUGAUCCAAAAGAACUUAAAAAAUUCUACGCGGAUGCCCAAGUUGUUGAAAAUAACUUCUUGCAGACGCUUUUGAACUUGAAUAUAUUUAGAAUUAAAAAAUAUUUGAGUGUCAAAACACAAUUAGAUACAAUUCCAUACGAUCUUUUUCCGCUAAGUACAGUAGGCCUUCCAGAUGAUGUUCAAGGGCAAUUACGCAUUCCAACAACUAUGAUAGAUAGUCCUUUGUUUAACAACAAUCGUCCAAUGUAUAUGAAUUUUGGUUCAAGUGGUACUUAUUUGGCUAGUAAUAUCGCCGCAGAUAUGUUUUACGUCGGAAUGAAUUACUUAGUUGGGAAAGAACUCAUAGUUAAACAACUCGAUUGUUUCCGUCAUCAAAUUGAUGAUUUAACCGAUGAGUUAAUGAAAAAAAAUAUGCUUCGCAAAAGAUUCGAAGAACAAUUGGUUGUCAAGUACAUCGGAUUCCGUACUUCCUGGGCAGCUUAUCAGGAUUACGUCACCAGAUCGGGAACAGAACCGACUCUUGAAGGAUUGCCUUACACACAGGGCCAAUUAUUUUGGAUAUCUUACGCACAAUCAUUCUGUUCCGAGUAUUUAAAUGUGACUGAACCACGCAAUAUUUAUAACAAUCAGCUAAAUAUCCUUGAAUACAAAAUGAUGAAAACACUUUCAAAUAUACCGGAAAUUUCGGCCGAUUUUAAAUGCCCCGUAGGUUCUAAUAUGAAUCAGGAACCCAAAUGUACCUGGUGGUAGUUAAUAUAAUUUGUUUUUUUUAAAAUUGUUCCAAUUUACUUAUUUGUUUUAUUCAAUAUUGAGAUAAUUGAACGUAGAGUUUUAUAAUUUUGUAAUUACUAAUUAUAAUUAUAAUUUUUGACCAGUAUUCUAUCAGAAAUUUUAAGAAGUUGACAAAAAUCAUUAUGUAGUGAAUUGAUGUAAAACCAAAGAUAAUAACAAACGAUAAUAUCAGAAGAUAAAAAUACUCCCGUUUUUUUAACUACACUCAGAAAAUUAAAUGAUAGGAAUUACCAUCUAGUUAUGGCAAAAAUUUUUACUAUCAAUCCGAUAGUAGUGAAUAUUAUCUAAAUGAUUGUAUAAAUCAUCUAGAUCGUAAUAUUUACCAUAUGUAUGAUAAUUGUUACGAUCCUGUAUGUUAACUAGAGUUAAUUAGUAUUAUUAUUCUAAAUAGUUACAUUUAUAACCUAGGUGGUAACAGUUAUCAUCAGAAAUUAUAAUUAUUACCAUCCUGAUAGUAACUGUUACGAAAUUUUAUUGCGGAAGUAAAUAUUAUCAUCCUUAUGGUAAAUAUUACCAUUUUGAUAGUAACUGUUAUCAUCCUGAUAGUAACUGUUACGAAAUUUAUUGUAGAAGUUAUCAUCCCAUAAUUAUUAAUCCUAUUAAAAAAAAUUAUAACACUAACUAUUUUUGCAUUUAAAAACGUCCCAAUCAUUCUAGAUGAUUGGAGUUAAAAAUUUAGCAUAGUAAAUACAAUUACUUAAUUUUCUGAGUGUAUAAUACUUACAAACAUAGUAAUCAUUGCCACGUAGCAUGGUGACGCUGAUUUUUUAGCCGCAUUGUUUAUUUGACAGCGCUAGCCAUGCUAGCAUAGGAAUGAUUUCUAUGCUACAUUAGAAUUAUGACAAUUUCAAUGUAGCUGCUCCAGAUAACAAAAUUAUAUAAAAUUAUAUGUAAAAAAUGGCCCAAUAUAGUUACAUGUAAUUAUAAAUACUUACAUAUAAUUAUACCGCACACUGAUAGAAGGAUUUAUUUGAGAGUAAUGAACCAGAUUUAUUAAAACUCUUGUGAGAAGAUUCUUUGAAACAAAUAAAUAUUUAAAAGUUUAAAAAUUUUUUAUACUUAUUAAGGGUAAAGAUACAAUUACCAUUAAAAUUUGAAGUCGAUUGACUAUCUCUAAUUCAAAAUAUUUAUAAUCAAAGUGCGUAUCAUUAACAUUGCGAGCAAUGAGGAGUAUGCGUUUCAAGUCGCGUUCGUGAUUCUAAUAAAAAAACUAACAGUCAGAAACUUUUGAAAAACUAACAGAAAAUUAAUGAAUUUGUCCUGAAUUUAUUUGGAAAAAAAAAUAAAGUAUUCACCAUCUCAUUGUUGAGAUAUAGCCACGCAAAGUUCAACAAUAAAUGAAAAAAUAUACAUGUCGGUGAAUUGGAAAAAAACAAUCUGACAACGUUGUACGCAAGUAUACAUAGUAUUAUUUGAGCGCUAAAUUUAAACGUAUACUCAGUACACUAUACAGCACCUAGAAGAGCAUAUGCGACGUUGUCAAAUUUUAAUUUAAGAAAAUGUUCAAUAGUAUUUGUGUAUACGUAUAUAUGAGUAGUGCGUAGGUAAACUUCUCUCGGGUACAGUAUCAAACAAAAGCAAUGUCUCGUUUUCACUACCACCUAACCUACUUUUACCGCGUAUAUGGCUCAUAACUUUUGACAAUACUGUAGCAGGACAACUACCUUAAGUCAAUCGUUAUUUUAUCUCAAAUAAAUGUUUGUAAUAUUAACAAAGUUUUCUUGACUUGGAUAAAUAUUUGUUCUAACCAAAUAAUAUUUAUUAAUUAAUUAAUUGACGAAUCUUAUUAAGUCUAAAGAAAUCCUCCAUCAGUGUACUAUUCCUAAUCUAGGCUAUUUUCAGACGUGUUUUCAAUAAUUUUUAGUCUGGUUUUGGUUGCCUCUAGAUCAAAAUCAGACUUUUUUCUCAUAAAAUAUUGUCUUCUUUUGUUUUUAUCCAAACCAAAAUCAAACUUUUACUUACCUAUUAUUUUUAUUAGUCUGUUUUUGAUCGUCUUUAGACCAAAAACAGUUUAAAAUUCUUAUGAAAAUUGAAAGACAGGCCAAAAUCAGAUCAAAUUUUUAGACCCGGCUGGUUACCAUAUAGAAUGGUAAUCAUCAUUAUCUUCUUUUCGUGUAUCGGUAUAUUGUUUAAAAACAAACUCCGAGAGAGAAGUCGCGGCAGUAUUACGGAUCGAAAUUUAACUAUAAAUAUAUUCCGAUUUCAAUACUUAAUAAUUAUCACAAUAACCAGUGAGAUCAUUGCUACACUGAGAGAAAAGUCGAUAGUCAUUUUAACUAAAAAGACUUCAACUAUUUAAAAUUAGUUACUGGUACUAAUGCGUUAGUAAGGCUAACUAUUCAGUAGUUGCUCAAACUAAAAAAAAAUUAAUUAAAGCAACUCAAAUUUUUUAGUCUCCGAAAAUUGUUGUUUUAACUAAAAAAAUUUA